AUGCACUUUUAUUACGUCUAUCCGUUGUUGCUUUGGGCAGAUUUGAGCCUCCGAGUGACGUGCAACGCUUCAAGUUCUGUCUCUGCUCUCUCGAACCCUGCUACCAAAACGUCAAUAACGGAGGUUAUGCUGCCUAGAGGGAUACAUAUCUGCCCUGUGCACCUUGUAAAAAGCAAUUCUCUUCCCAUUCCGAAACAUUAUAGGCUGAAGACAUGCCAUACUUCGACUACGCACUUUGAAUAUCGGACACGCUCAAAGCCGGGAUGGACGAGUCGACGUACAUUCAGUACUGGUCGUAUAGCCUCAGAGUCUCCAAUAAAAGUGUCCCAUGUACUUGGGACUCUGCUAGUUUUUGGUGUCGGCGCAACAGCUUGGGGUCUGUAUGAAUUUUACAUGACACUAACGAUGUGGCCAAUGGAAUUGCGAGGUGAUCUCCGCGCUGGCCUGAAGGCCAAAAAUAGAGGAGACUUGAAACUCGCUCAGAGGCAUUUGACGAGGGCAUGGAUGACAAUACAAUCCUUGUCACAAGAGGCUCUUGCUCCGGAUGCAUACCUGAAACUGUCGGGCGUCGCCGUUAUCCUCGCAGAAGUCCUAGAAGCCGAUCAACAACUCGAACAGGCAUACGACAUGCUGAAAGCAUCUCUCAAUAUUUUUGAGAGGUUUGAGAAGCCUAUACCUGCCGAACCGAAUCCGUCAGCCCCUUCUACAGAUACUCCAAGCUCUUCGAAGGACGAAUCGACUUUACCAUCUUCCGAGCCUCUCAGGUCAAAGCCUACGAUCGCUCGACGCCCUCUCUCUUACUUCCUCGACACGAAGCGGCUCGGAUUGAACAAGUCUAAAAUGGGUUCGCGGUCUCGCAAACGAGCUGCAGCUAUCGCGCUCAAGCUCGGUGACCUGGCUGAAGUUCUCUCACGCCCGGAAGAGGAAGAACGAUGGCUCUGCUUCGCAGUUGCGGAAGUCCUGCGUGUUCUCCGUAUUGAGUACGGCAUCACACAUGAUGUUCGAAAUGGUUUCGUACAUAACCGUUCGGACGCAGCGGUAUCCUCCUCUGACAAGCAGACUGAACAUGAAAAAGGUGUGCGCGAUAUCUUGAGUCCGGAUACUCCAGACGGUGAACUGGGACUUCCAUCAUGGGUGUCUCUGACAAAGAGCGAGCUUGCAGCACCUAUGGAGCGGCUUGGUGCAUUUUAUGCUAGACGAGGAGAGGUAAGAAAUGCGAUCCUUCUCUACAGAGUCGCCUCCUCCCUCCUUGUCCGCGCGCAACCAAAUACAACACCGUCUAACGAUCGCAAGCAAAUCACAUCAUCAAGCGUCACAGAGCUCUGCCAGGCCUUGCAGAUUGAGAAUGCCCACAUGGCGCUUCUUAUGGAUGUACGACGCUCACAUCCAGAAAGUGAAGCAGCCCAACGCGACCUACCUCGCGUAAUGAAACGCGCUAUUUCAAUCUACGAUGCAGCUGUGCGUAAGCAUGGACGUGGACAGGCAAGGGACGAUGGUAUCGCUGCUGACUCGGAAAUUGCGCUGUGUGAUCAGACGUAUCCAGCAAUUCUGUUCAAUGCAGGAGUUUACUAUGAGGAGGACGGCCAGUUGGAACAAGCCUUGCGCAGUUUCUCUCUUUCUUACAUGGCAUUGCGCUCACACGGAUCACGGGAGAUGAUGCAGGAGGCUUUAGAAAAUGUUCGUCGACUCCAACGGACAAUUGAAAAGAACACACGGGAAGCGUCGCAGAAAAACAAAGUGCCGACUGACACUGCCGCGCAGACCAACGAUCCAGAGAGUCAAACAAAUUCACAAUAG